CGAGUCCUGCGUGUCGUUAGGCUGCCUUUGCGAACUGACGAACCUUUUCUCUAGUCUCCAGUACAUUUCAACUAGUCAUUUUUCCUUGUUCGGCGAUUCUCCACGACAGCGUCAACCAUUACGCACAAGGAGCGCGAGUCUCUAGCGGCGAAGCAGCGCACCAUUCCGUCGUCAAAGCGAAACUACGCGGCGGAGACGUCUGCUUCAGCGCGCCGCGUCCGCAACAGAGCCAAGUUGUGCUCCACAGUGCCUGCUAAAAGAACGAAACUGAGGGCUCACGGCUGCAACAUCGCUCAUUUGAGCUUCGUCUCACAAGCCGACAGUUUGCUGCGCGACUGCGGCAAGUCGUACGGCGCCAUGGCCUCCAUACCAUACACAAUGCACUCUGCCGUGAAUCUGCACAAGAAGCUCACAGAAGAGCAGACAAAAAAUGUCGGCGUCAUCUUUGAACCACCGACCAGCACGGUUGAGACAACACUGCCAAAGUACAACCCGAAGCUCAUGAACAGCAUCUGGGGUCUCUACAACCGCUAUGCUCCGCACUCCUUCCAAAAGAACUGCGAAAUCCCCUGCUGCUCCGUGCCCGGGAUUGCUGGCGCCAAGGACAAGUCAUUUGGAUUGUCCCUCUGGAACCGCCUGCACUGAGCAUAUGGCUCUAUAUACCCCGGUAGCAUGAAGGAGCAUCAAAGCACUCACAGACCAAGAGCGCAACUGUGGUUUUUUUAUAAGGUUGUGUAGUACAAAUUAGAUGAUGUAGAAAUAAAGUGUGUGUCAUUUACUA